AUGGAUUCAGGAUUAAGUACCCCACAAUUACCAAUAACAAAUAUGAAUAAUGAAAUUACAACAGAUUGGGAUAAAGCAAUGAAUUUAAUUAUGACAUGUGUUUCAGGACAUAUUCAUUCUCGUAUGUUUAAUAUUGUAAUGAAAUUGAAUAUUUGUGAUAUUUUAGAGGAUGGACCAAAAUCAAUUAAACAAGUUUCAGAUACGAUUGGAAUGGAUGAAAAUUCAUGUUUUAGAUUAUUGAGAUAUUUUGUUGCUCAUGAAUUAUUUAGCGAAGAUAAAUCAAAUAUUGGUACAUUUGAAAAGACUUCUAUUAGUACAAUGUUUUCAAGUAAGGGUAAACUUAGACCAAUGGGUGAAAGAUACACCCAUGAUUUACAUUAUAAAAUGUUUGAAUCAUUACCAGAGACUUUUGCAAAUGGUCAUAGUAAUGCCACAAAAUCAGUUGGUGUCAACCAUUUUUGGGAAUUAUUCGAUUUACAUCCACAAUAUAAGGAUUUGUUCAAUCAAACUAUGAAGGUUUACACUGAAGCCGCCAUAUCCAAUAUCACCCAAUCAAAAGGUAUAGAUUUCUCUCAAUAUGAUACAGUGGUUGAUAUUGGUGGCAAUCAUGGAUUGUUAAUUGGUAACCUAUUGGAAAUUUAUCCAACAAUUAAACAUGGUAUCAAUUUCGAUUUAGAUGUUGUUAUCAAUUCCUCUGAUCAGACUUUAAGAUAUUCUCAUCCAAGAUUAACUCAUAUUCCAGGUAAUUUCUUUGAAAGUGUACCAGAAUCAGAUUGUUAUAUCAUGAAAUUUAUCCUUCAUGAUUGGCCAACUCAAGAUUGUGUUAAAAUUUUAAAAACAAUUUCAAAAUCAAUGAAACCAAAUGCAAAAAUUCAUUUAUUUGAAAUUAUCAUUGAUCCAAGAAAAGGUUAUUCAAAAUAUGAAACUUAUAUUGAUAUUUUAAUGUUUCAAAUGGUAAAUGCAAAAGAAAGAACUCUCGAUGAAUGGAAAGAAUUAUUUGAAUUGGCUGAUUUUAAAUUAGAAAGAGUGGUUGAUGAUAUUAAAACUGGUUGUAUGGUAGUUUCAAAAAAAUAA